AUGAUUGCUCAAAUACCGGAGUAUAAGAAGUUUCUCAAGGAUCUCCCUAGGAAUUGGAAGAAAUUAGAGCAAGCUUCAGAAGUUACUUUAAACGAGCAGUGUUCAAUAGUAACGAAGAUGAAAGAUUUGAGUAGCCUUAUAAUUCCUUGCAGGUUUGGAAAUUCGAAAAAGACGAAUGCACUAUCCGAUUUUGGAGCUAGUAUAAAUUUGAUGUCAUACUCGUUCUACAAAAAACUCAAUCUUUCAUAUUUAAAUCCAACAAGAAUGGAUAUCCAUAUGGCCAACCGAUCUAUUACAUAUCCACAAGGCAUAAUAAAAGACUUGCUUGUUAAAGUUGACAAAUUCGUUUUUCCAGUUGAUUUUGGUGUCCUCAAUAUGGAAGAAGAUGUUCAUAUUCCCAUUAUCCUUAGAAUACCAUUCCUUAGUACCGCACGAGCCCUCGUAGAUAUUCACGACUUGAAGUUAUCAUUACAAGUGGGGACCGAUGAUAUCACAUUUGGAGUCAAUCAAACGAAAAAGACUUUACAAUCAACAGGCGAUAAGGUAAAAUUAAUGAUGCAAAAAGAAGAAUCUAAGGAAAAUAAAGAGCAUUUUGAAGACGGGAAGCCAAUGAAGGAAGAAAAACAAAGAAAGGUUGAACAACACUCACCACAACGUAGUGAGGACGAGACCGUGUCGUGGUCCAAAGAAACUUUUCGAUCUGAGUUCGAAGAAUUUUCUCCACCGCGCUACCACCAAUCUGAUAACCACGAUGUGGCACACAUGUUUUCGAAUUUGCAGAAUUAUAUUUCAGCAUUUCCGACUCCAAAAAGUUUAAAAAAUUUCACCGACUUCAGAGCCGAAAGAAAGCAAAAUGUUGUGGGAAUUCCAAUGCCAGUUUGGAACAUAAUGCGAAGGUUCAUAAGUAGUGUGCGAAAAAAGUUGAAAAGUAUUUGGGAAUGUAAAUGA